CCGCGAUUAAUUUCCCCGAAAUCGGACCUUGUUUAAGGUCGAAACUGGUCCCUUACCCUUUGGGUUCCGGGUUGUAAAUGUUUGUGCUGAAGUAUCUCCCGACAAAUACUCGGCGCAAAAUAAAAAUGGAGGUGGUUGUGGGUGAAAUGUGAAGCGGUCGAUCGAGAAGACUUUUCGAAAAGGAUGGAAGGCUCACAGACACAAGAUCUCUUACAAGAUGUUCCAAAAGUGAGUGACGCUUCUGCAGACAGUGUCACUCAGGAGACCAAUUCACAGAUGGAAGGGAUGCUUAUAGUCUCCACUGAGGGUCAUGUUACCCCAGGUGAUGUUGUGGAACAGAUCAAAUCCACUGUUUGUACCUCAGCAGGGGAGAUUGGAGAUGCCGCCAGAAUGUUGAAGGAGCCUCAUGACCAGCAACAGGAAGAUGCUAUGAAUGCUUCACUGAACGGCAUGUUUCAUACGAUUGCCAGUAGCAAAGUACAGAUCAAAAGCCAGCAGAAGGAUGAGCCUGAUCUCAUGUAUGAACAGAAGUUGGAUAUCAUCAAGGAUCUUUUCUGGUGUAAGCCAGUGGUGUUCCUUGAACGUUUUCACAAAGUGAUCAAAGAAGAGCAUCUUGUCUGUUUUAAUCAUUUAGCUGACAACUACGAAGUAACUUUUUACUGUAAAGAAAUUAGGAAGUCUUCCAUGAAGAAAACUGCCCGAACAAAUGUUCGCAACAAGAGGUACGCGGCCCUGCAGCAGCUGAUUAAAGAUGGUGAGUAUUUCAGUGACGAGCAGAUGCGAACUCGAGAUCCUUUGCUGUACCAGCAGUACAUUAGACAAUACAUGACGGAGGAGGAGUUGUUGGCUGAGAACAGCAAAAGCCUGAGCAAUGCCAUGUGCUUGUCUGAUCUGCUGAUGAGCACUUAUCAGGAGAAAAUUGUCCAGGAAAGGUUGCAGUGGCAAAAGGAAAGAGAGGAUGCCUGUGUGGAAGAGGAAGAAGAUGAUGAGGAGGAAGAUGACGACACGGAGUCUAAAGCUGCAGACUGGAUACCCAGUGACGAUGAGAGAAGCAUGCUGAGGGAAGAAUUUGUGAGUCGCAUGUACCAACGCUUUCUGGAUGGGGAAGACAGAGACUUCGAUUAUAGUACUGUUGAUGACAACCCGGAUUUUGACAACCUUGACAUCAUAAGUCGUGACGAAGAGGAGAGAUACUUUGAUGAGGAGGAGCCAGUGGAAGUUGAAGAUAUGGAGAUGGACAAGGAUUAAACAGUCUUCAGUUUAUAUGUUUUUUUUACAGUUUUAGAUUUAACAAUAUUUCCAAAUCUCUCUUUUUCAAGGACACCGUUAGUGACCAACUGUGUAGUUCUGUGCACAUUGUAAAACAAUUUCUUCUUCCUGUUUUUAAUAACAGUGUAAUUGGCCAGUUUCUGUUGUUCUAUUGAUUUCUGUGGUGUUAAAUUUUUUUUUCAGUUUUAUGUACUAUGGAAGAUGAAACAAACUGCUGACAGACAACAAACAAAUUCCCAUGAUGGCUCAGUGGGGAAAUGCACCAUCUAGAAAUCAACAGAACCUUGCCUCCAGGUUUAGUUUCUGGUCCCUGAGGAGACAGCUGGGAAGGAAGGAUUGGACCCUGCACCUUUUGUUUAGGUGCUAAAAUCAAUCAGCUUUUAUUUUUCCAAAUUGAACUCUGGUGCCCUCUGUUUGUUAAAAGUGAGUGCUUGAUGAGGCUCUCCACAACUGAAUUUAAAAAAUAUGUAAUCAAAAUUUGCUUGUUUUUCACUGAAGUAAUGACAACUCUCUCACACCUCAGAACUCAGUGAUACCUAUAAGCCAGUUCCCUCAAGCAUUUGUUUCCGCAAAUGCGGGAAGAAGUAGUCUGGAGAAAGGUAAAAACGAAAUAUGUGUACUCUUCCCAACUUGUUUUGGGAUAUGGCCUCCUGGGUACCCAGAAAUCUGGAGGCCAUUCUUUCCAGUUGGUAGAGUAUCCACAAACACCUUGACCCUGAGCAGCCUGACCUCAAGUUCAUAAGUGCAGUUUCCAGCAGGAAUUUUUUGGUGGUUACUGCUGCCCUGGUCUAGCUGAGGUCUGCAAACUAGGUUUAUUGUGAGGAUUAAACCCAAGGGCUGUUGGUUCAUAUGGAUGAGUUCCUUAUUGAGUGUGUUCUUACUAAUAAACUGUGUAAAGAGUACAGAAGGAUAGGCAGCCUGUGAUGUGACAUUGUGAUGCCCUGACACACUCUACGAUGCAUUGCAGAAUCCCAUCAGGCAUUGCAUGUUCUCUUUCUUAUACAUGGUUAGAAUGACAUGAUAAAGAGCUGUUUGUUACCCCCCACAUGAGACAGAACCGCUCCUUGUGAACUGUUACAAUAAGUAUUGCCAGAUCACACUCACCUGAUUGGCAAUGGGACUCCGGAAAUAGGGAAAGUAAGAGUGUGGGAACUAAUGACAGACAUGCCUUUUAUAGGAAAAAUAUAGCUCUGAUUUGCUGGUAAUUAUUUGGAGUAUCUUCUGAAACAAUAUCUUAUUUCUUUAAGACUCACACUAUCCUGUUUAUGAUUUCAUCUCCAUGUUCCCACCCUGGUUUUGAUAUUUAACCAUGUGCUGUACAGAAUUAGUGUUUUAAUCAGCUUUUUAAGCAACUUGAAGUCAGUUGAAAAAUUUAAAUGUCUUUCAUUAAAUGCUUUACAUUUUAUUAUUAAUGAUGUUGCAGCUUCUCCCCGUCAGUGUUGGAAAGUUACUGGAAGCUUAAGUGUUGUUUUCAUUGUUUUGCCUUCUUUUAACAACUGGAGAUUAUUUGCUCAAUAAUCCACAGGAGUGGCCAGUUUUGAAUAGUAGGGUUUGAUUGUGUGAUGGCUGUGUUAUUGAACUAGUAAUCAAGAGAGUGGAUGUUGAAAUUCCACCAUGGGAGUUUGAGAAUUUGAAUUAAAAUUUUUACAAUCUGAAUGAAACUGGCACAUAUUUGUCAGCUUUCAUUGAAAAUCCAACAAGUUCACUAAUAUUCUUUUAGGGAGAAAACUAGCUCUGAAUCUUUACAUGACUCCAGUCCCACACCACUAUUAGUGACUCUUAACUGCCCUCUGUGGGGCAGAGAAAGACGAGGAGGCCACUUAGCUCCUGAAUCCUGUUCUGCCCUUCACUGAAAUUGUGGCUGGUCUACAUUCUAAUUCCACACACCUGCCUUUGCUCCUUAUCAUUUAAUACCUUUGAUUAUCAAGAAACUAGAAAUAUCAAUUUUGAAAUUAACAAGUGAUGUAGCAUUAAUUGCUCAAUUGAGGAGAGUUCUGAACCGCUACCAGUUUUUGUGUGUUGAAGUGUUCCUGAUUUCACUUCUGAAAGAGUUGGCUCUUAUGUUUAUACUGUGCUCCUAGACCUCUGAACCAGAGGAAAUAGUUUCCUUCUAGUUUACCUCAUACUUGAUCUUUUGGAAGCUGAGCCCAUCUUCCGUCUGAAACAUAUAAUCAUACAAAUUCAGCCCCUCAAACCUGCUCCCCAUUCAGUAAGAUCAUGCUCACCUGAAUGGAGCCUCAAACCCACAUUACCAUCCACCCCAAUAACUUUUUAUUGCAUUGCUUAAUAAGAAUCUAUCUAUCCUUGCUUUUAAAAAUGUUCAAGAAUUAUGCUUUGAUUGUGCUUUGAGAAAGAGAGGUCCAGAGAUUCGUGACUCUCUGAGAGAAAAAGAACUGCCUCACCCUUGAUGGAAAAAGACCAUCCUGAUUUUUAAACAGUGACCCCCUAGUUCCAGAUUCUCCCAUUAGAAGAAACAUCCUUUCCUCAUCCACCCUGUGAGGAACCCUCAGAAUCUUACAUGUUUCAAUAAAAUCACCUCUUACUCCUCUAAAAGUCAACAACAAAAAGCCAACUCUGUCCGUCCUUUCCUCAUAAGACAAACCACCACAUCUCCCCCCCGAAUAAAGGUAUAAGUCUAGUUAACCUUCUGUGAACUUACUCUAAUGAAUUUAUAUAUUUCCAUAGAUAAGGUGCCCCCUAAAACUGAAGUAUUCAAUUUUCCCUGUGAUAUCUGAGGACAUUCUAUUAGUUUUCCUAAUUACUUGCUGUACAUGUACAAUAAGCUUUUUAUGAUUUGUGCCUAGGGCACCCAGAUCCGUCUGCAUCUCAGAACUCUGCAAUUACUCAUCAUUGGUGAGGGGACAGAGAUUUAAAAAAGACAUAGGAGGCAAUUUUUUUUACACAGAGGGUGGUUCGUGUGUGGGAUGAAUUUCCUGAUGAAGUGGUGAAUGUGUGUACAGUUACAACAUUUAAAAGACAGUUUGAUGGAUAUACGAAUAGGAAAGGUUUGGAGGGAUGUGGGUUGUAAGUAGGCAGGUGGGACUAGUUUUGUUUAGCUCGGCAUGGACUGGGUGGACCAAAGGGUCUGUUUCCGUGCUGUAUGACUCUAAUUAGAGAAUAUGCUUUUUAAAAAAAGAAACUUUUUUAAUGCCAAAAUUGGUAAUUUCACAUUUUCCCCAUUACACACAAUUUGCCACAUCUUUGCCAAUUCACUUAGCCUAUCUAUAUCUUUUUGUAGCCUCCUUAUGCUCUCUUUACAACUUGCAUUCCUACGUAUCAUUGUAUUGUCUUCAUAUUUGGCAACCACACCUUCUUUCGUUUCAUCUAAACCACUUUAUAAUUUAGAACAUAGAACUGUAUAACCCGGGAACCGGCUCUUCAGCCCACGUUAUUGUGCCAAACACGACACCAAAUUAAGCUAAUCCUUUUUGCCUACCUUUUGCUUUGUAUCCCUCCAUUCCUUUCAUGUGCUUAUCUGAAAGUCCGUUUAAAUGCCCCUAUGGUAUCUGCCUCCACCACCAUCCUGGUAGUGCGUUCCAGACUCUUACUGCUCACUGUGUAAUGUACAUGCUCCUGGCAUCUCCUUUGAACUUUCUCCCUCUCACCUUGAAUGCAUUUCCCCAAGUUUUAGACUUUUCAACUCUGGGUAAAAGAUCUAGUGAACCCUGCUGGAAGGUAAGCAGGAGAGUAGACGUUAGAGACAAACCACAUCUUCCUUGCAUGUGGUGGAGGCUCCUCCUGCACCCGUCAAAUAUUUGUUGACACUCACUGUCUAGCAUUAGGAGUUGAAGUACAUCCACUCCAGCCAGUUUCUUGAGAACUACAGUACAGGAAUGGCUGCCACCUUCUGAAGUGGAGGGGAGUUAAGAUUUUGUUGAAAUUGUUUUUGACAGGAAUUGUUUGCAUACAGUCUUCCAAAGGGGAGGAAAGGCUAGGUGAGAUUCGAACUGCUUUAAAACUCAGUACAGAGUUAAAAUCGGACCCCAUGCUCAGCAUCUGGAUCUACUGAAGUUGCACAAAAUUAAUAUUCUUUGUUCAUGCUGAAAAAGUUUAGGAUAUUAUUUUGCAUGUGUAUCAGUUUCCAAAGAUUAAAAUAAAAUGUUUCUGAAAUAGCAA